GAGUUGCGAACGAAGCGAUAGUGGUCGAAGUUGGAACGAAUUCAUCCGUGGCCGCGCAGGCGCAACGUUGAACGUCUUGACGUGACGUAAUUGCCCAUUCAUAGUUUUUAUUCAUUGAGAAAUGAAGUUUUCAAAACAUUUUCAUGAUCAUGUUAUGUUGCAUAGAGUAAAUGGUUCGAAAUGUGAAAUAAGUGUUUAAUUACUAAUUUGUAUCAAAACUAACAAAAGGAUUAUAAAGUUGAACCAAGUGCGUUCAUUCAUUGAUAGAAGAGUGUUCAGUGCAUGUAUGUAUUGAGCACAUGCGCAAUGCAAGCGUGAAUUCAUUCGGUUUACUGUGUGUGAUAAAUGUAUAUUCAAAACAUCGACGAAAAUGUGGAUUCUUAGAGUGAACUUUGUGUAUGGAUUUCAAUUACCCAGCUAAUUCGAAAACAGGCCCAAGUAGACCAUUACGACACUCCGGAAGUGGCGGGACAAGCCGGCCGAACGGGCUCGUUCCGAAAGAGAUAACAGCGGAUGAAAGAGAUAAACAGUUAUGGAUUUAACAUGGCGGACGAUAUGCGUAAAGUGCGAGUUGAAGAAAGAUUGAAAAUAAAGAUCGGUGAAGCCAAAAAUUUGCCAGGGCGCAGCCAUGGAGCGGCCUGCCACCGUGAUAUUUACUGUGUGCUGUCGCUCGACCAAGAAGAAAUAUUUCGCACUUCCACCAUGGAGAGAACUCUCAAUCCAUUCUUCGGCGAGGAGUUCCAAUUUGAGGUGCCGCGACGGUUUCGAUAUCUUUCCAUAUACGUGUUCGAUCGUGACAAGCACCUCAAGCAAGACAAAGUCCUCGGUAAAGUGGCGAUUAAAAGAGAAGAUCUGCACCGGUAUAACAAUAAAGACCACUGGUUUGCGUUACGACCGGUCGACGCCGACUCUGAAGUGCAAGGGAAGGCAUACAUUGAACUCACCCUUGAAGACUCCAGAAAAAGAUUACGAAUGGAACCGAAACCUCCCGACCCGGACCCUACCGCUGACAACUGCUCGACAAAAAGUAAAGGAAAUAACCUCGUAAGAUUAUCUGAAUAUUGUAAGGAAAGUAUGAGAUUUGGUUCUUGCUCCAGUUCUACUAGCAAGAAGCUUCUGAGUGCGGUAGCGACGGAACCCUCUCUGUCGUUAUCGCGAUCUGAAAGUUUAAAGGAUCGGGCGCAAUGGGCAGCUCGCACAAAGCCUCCCAUGCAUGCGAUGCCUGAAUCUGACGCAUCCCCCACCCCCACCGCCGCUGACUACUGGUCAGACCCCGAGAGGCAUUGCGCAGCGCGAGUAGGGCAUGACACCCUACGUCUCCGAGUGCUGGAAUGCUCUGAGCUAACCACUAAGAAUGGACAGUGUGACCCGUUUGCUCUCGUCACGUUGUUAUAUUCGAACGGACGAAGAGUUGAAAAACGUACGAAACCUAAAAAGAAGACUGUUAAUCCACAAUUUGAUGAAAUUUUUUGUUUUGAUCUCGUUAUGGACGCAGAUCCCAAGGAUAAAGAUGGCUCACAAACGGCGGGAGUUGCCUGCGAAGCCAGAGUAUCGGUGUGGCAUGACGCUGCGACACCAAUAUUUCUGGGAGAAGUGCGACUGCAACUGCGACAACCUUCGCCGACGCCUUUACGUGCCUGGUUUUUCCUAACGUCCCGCGCGGGUGGAGCACUGUCCCGCGGCGCGACCCCGCCAGGCACGCGGCUGUCGGCGGCGGGCAGCGCCACGCUGGGCUCGCUGCGACUACUGCUACAGUACACAGUCGACCACGUCUUCCCACUGCAGCACUACAGAACACUCGAGGAGUUAUUUCUACGGAGUGUCCAUCAGAAGCCCAUAACAGCAUCGGCGGUGUACAUAUUAGGGGAGAUAGUGUCGAGUAAGACGGACGCGGCGCAACCCCUCGUAAGGCUAUUCACUCAUCAUGAUCUCAUUGUACCCAUUGUCAAGGAGCUUGCAGAUGCAGAGAUAUCUGCGCUUACUGACGCGACAACGAUAUUUAGAGGCAAUACCCUCGUCUCUAAGAUGAUGGACGAAGCGAUGCGGUUGAGCGGCGCGUCGUACUUGCGGGCAGUGCUACGGCCAACGUUGGCCGCAGUGUUGGCCGAGAGACGUCCCUGCGAGAUCGACCCCGCGCGGGUCAAACCGUCCGCCGCUGUCACUGCCAACCUCGCCAACCUAAAAGACUAUGUGGAACGGGUGUUUGCGGCGAUAACAUCGUCGUACGCGAUGUGUCCGUCGGCGAUGUGUCGCCUGUUCGACGCGCUGCGCCAGUGCGCGGCGCGCCACUUCCCGCGCAACGCCGAGGUGCGGUACUCCGUCGUAUCGGGGUUCAUCUUCCUACGGUUCUUCGCGCCUGCUAUACUUGGACCCAGGCUGUUUGAUCUCACCACGGAGCAAAUUGACCCACAAACAAACCGGACGCUGACAUUGAUCUCUAAGACGAUUCAGUCGCUGGGCAACCUAGUGAGCAGUCGGUCCGCCCAGCAGGUGUGCAAGGAGGAGUACAUGGCUGAACUGUACCGUAGCUUCUGCACGCCAAGACAUGUGCAAGCAAUAAAGCAGUUUCUCGAAAUAAUCUCCACGAGCACGGAUACGCAGAACAACAACAUACAAGAAACGCCCGUGCUGCUCAAAGAAGGAACGAUGAUCAAGCGAUCAGAAGGCGUACGGACGGGUGCAGGCUCGCCUCGCCGUCGGUGGACUCGAGCGGCUCAUGCCUACGCUAAGCGAAGACAUUUCAGACUCACAAGCGGCGAGUUGUCAUGGUCACGAACAGGAGCCCGCGCGACAGCGCAGCGACUCCCGCUGUCGGGAGUGCUGGCCGUCGCCGCCGUGGACUGCCCCACUGCAGGAGCCCCGCUCGGUGCCAACAAUAUAUUUCAAAUAGUGCACCGCGAGCGCGUGCUGUUCGUGCAGGCGGCCAACUGCGUGGAGCGCGCCGAGUGGGUGCGCCUGCUGAGCGCGCUGUGCCGCCACGAGCGCGCCGCCGCGCCGCACCGCGGGUACUACGCCGACUGCCACUGGACCUGCUGCGGCCGCGCCGACGCCGCCGCCGACGGCUGCGCCGGGCCCGACCCCGAGCGCGAGCUCACCGAGAGCGGCGCGCGCGAGGUCCGGCGCGGCGGCGCGGCGCUGGCGCUGCGCCUCGACCCCGCGCGCGACCUGCAGCGCCUCCACGCCCUGCUCGUCGCGCAUGCGCACCGCCUCGACGACCGCCUGCACCGCCCGCAAGAGGGUACGAGCGUAGAAGAACGCGAAGCGGAAGCGGCCACGUUACGCGAGCUCCAGGAGACCAUGUUUGACUUAGAACAUCGACAUCGCAUAUACCGACGGUCGCUAGCCCGGGAAACAAAAUAUGGCAGCAAACAAGCUCCUAUCGGAGACGACAACUAUCUCCACCUAGCCGGAGCUGCCGGGGCCGUGGACGGGGGUCACUUCUUGUGGCGACCCUGGCGCAGUGAGACCUCACCUACAGUCGACCUCGACGGCAAGACUCUACCGCUGCAAAACUCGCUCGACAUAGGAUCUAGCACCGAGUCGCUUAAACUGGCGCGCCAUACUGACGAACGCUCCUCGGGAAAGUCCACCAAAUCCACAGGCAGCGGGUACCUCACCAUGUCAUGUAUAAAGCACGAACCCUCCGAAGACAGCGACGCAUCGGCAGAGAGGCCAGCGCGACCUCCAAAGCCUGCGCGACUAUCGCCCGGCCUCGCGAGCCCCGCGCCCCCCGCUCCUGGUGCAACCUGCGAGUACGUGCACGUGGAGCCCCGCCCACCUGAGCGACGUGCGCGCGCCGAGCCCGAGCCCGCCGAGUCCGACGUCACGUACCGCUGCAAGGAGUAUGAGCUGAUGACUGAUUUCAUGAGCCACGCGCGGGACGACAGCCCGCCCGCCGUGCCCCCUCGCGGGCACACGUCGCGCGCGCGCCCGCCGCCGCGCCCCGCUGACCCCGACGCGGCCCCGCGCCCCGCCGACCCCGACACGGGCCCGCGCCCCGCCGACCAGCACAGUCUGCCAUCCGACGACUGCUGCCGAACCGACGCUGUCUCCACAGACGAUAGUCUACUCGAUGAAUUGCAACGGGAUGCAUAUUGCGUGCUCAAAGUGUGCGAAGAUGAGCCACCCACGCCCGAAACUCCCGUGGAAUCGACACCAACCGAAGAAAGGCAUGACACGGGUCCCUUUUCUCGAGUUUGCGCUCAACGAAAAUCUAAUCCGAUAAAAAGUCAGGCAACUUCAACGCGACCACUGAAAACCUCUAGCUCGACGUCUAACGUCCACGACGCAGGUUCCACGUCGUCGCGUCCGCUAGCCGAACGCCUGACGCCUUUCUUUCUUAAGAGAAAGUCAAAACCGCCAGAGGAGACGCAGACAGCUCCUCGACCUACGCGUAAGGAGGAAAAUCUCAUCGGACGGCUGACACCCCGCUUCGGCCAGUCCAGACUAUACGGGCGGGGACAGUCGCUGGAACUGGCGCCGCCGGAUGGCCGGACGAAACGUAUCGAGCGCUCGGCGACGACCGUCAACAUCCCGACCCGGCCGAUAAAUUCUUCGAUCGUGGCCAAUCUUAAGUUCCUGAGUCUACACCGAUACGGUGCUCAGGAGGACGUGCAGUGCCGCGCGUUCGGGCGCACGGAAGCGGAGGGCGCGGCCGAGGCGGGCAGCGCGGCCGCGGCGCCCCCGGCCGCGCCGCCCGACGCGCACGACGCGACCUGGCGCCGCACGUCGCUACUGGCGACCGCCUCCAACGAUAUUAGACUGUAGUCUGUGCACCGAGACUCGUACCGCUCCUUGUCUCACGCAGUGGAACUGUAUAUUCUUAGAAUAAGAUUGUAUUUAUUUCUAUAUUUUUCGAAAUCCUUUUCGUCGACCUGAAGUGUGUGCCUCCUCUAGAUAGUAGUAUUUUUCUGGAAGAAAGCCGGUACGUUUAAGUAUAUUAUGAUAUGGUAGCGUUAAUGCGUAAAUACUCAAAAGGUGCCAAGUGUUGUGCGACUUUUACGUGGAUAUCGAACGUACUCUCAUUCCUGUAGCACGAUAAUAUUGUAAAAUUCUAAACAUUGACAUGAUUUUUUAUUGUUUUGUAUGAUCGGUGUACUAUCUAAACUUGAACUUAGCGAUACGUCGUAGCGUAUGAAAUAUAUUUUUAAAUUUAGUAUGGUUUUAAAUAUUAGUUGACACGUGCAUAUAUUUCACGCAAUUUAAUAGUUAUAAUUCAAAUUUGUAAUUUGAAAUAAGAACUAUUCCAUUUAAUAUCUGCUCCUCAAUCAUGACUUCUCACCUGUUCAAUCCUGUACUAUGUAAAAUGCUCAUUGCUCAUCACUUCCCAGCUUUAUCUUAAGCACAAAUGAAGCCUUCUGAAGGCUGGUGCUAUAAUUACAGUCUUUGCAAAUUGCAGUUCCCCGAUAUUUCAAUACAUAGUGAAUAAUCAUCUUUUAUAAGAUAGCGUAGAGUGGUCUAUCAGCUUUGUGUGAUGCCAAUGCGUUUAUGGAGGAAACUAGUGUGAUAAUAUGGGUGUUAAUAUAUUUAGUAUAGGAAUGAGUGUGACUAGAAUAUGGACUGACAUGUAACGAAACAGACUGAACAAAGAAUACAUACUAUUUUCGUAAACACCCUGCCUGCAUUGGUAAUGUAAGAUGGUCACCGUGAAUUCAGUCAGUUGGACAGGGUAUGAGAAGUGUACUCAUUUUUAAAGAGGCUCACGAUAUUAAAGGGAACGGAUCAUAACGAUUUCAGGUUCUAAGAGCAAUUUUUUAAUACUAUUACUGAGUAACUUUGUAAAUAGUUUCUCAAAACCUGCACGGCUUCUUGACAAAUUGUUACCUCUCCAAGUGUAGCACCAUAAAUGUGUACUUAAGUUCGAUAAUACCGAUAUCAAAACGUUGUCAUAUAAUUACUCAAACCUGUUAUUGUAAUAAAAAUAUAAAUAUUGUCUGUCAAAUCAUGGCCUUAAUGAUAAUAGCCUACUAUUAUGGCCUUCAGGUAAAAACACCAUUUACUUAAACUGUGAUUCACUUUACAAACUCAGCUCAUAUGUUUAAAUAUCGUAAUUAUAUUUUAGUCUGUACAUAUAAAAUAAUUAGUCAAUUAUCAAACAAAUCAAAAACUGUAUCGAAUAUUCGCACAGGAAGUUACAUUUAGUUUUUAUGAUUAUGUAUGGAAUAAACUUUGUCAACAAUUAAUUUGCCGUUGUACUGCCAAAUGAGUUACUAUUGUGAUAAUUCACAAAGGCAAAUAUUGCGUGGGCUUGGACCAGUAUAGUGCACUUUACGGUUCUUGAAGGCCACAAGCAUGCCUUAGAAAGUUUAAUAUUAAGCUAAGGUGUAUAUUUUACGACCAACAGACAUAUUGUAUACAUAUUAUGUACAAAGGGUUUGGAAGUAUACAUUUUCACAAUUUCAAUGGCUACUCAUGUAUUUUUGUCAAUUUAGUCUUAAUGUUAACACAAAUUUUAGUAACAAAAUUAUGUAUAGUAGUAACUUAUAAAUUAAACUAUGCUCUCCUGUCGGUGCUAAUUACUUGUUGUAAUUUAAAGAUAACUAAUUUACUUUUACUAAAGAAGUAGGAAUAGAAAGUAGGUAAUUUCAAGAGGAACAGUAUUUCUUGGCAGUAUAACGGCAUUGUUACUCGUUUAUAACUCAAUUGGUUUAUACGUGCGUUGUUGCCUUUUUUAGAAGAAUAAUUUACAUUUAAGAAGAAAUACAUAAUGUACAAAUUAAUACGACGUGAAAAUAUAUAAUGUUAUUUAUUUCCACCUAUUUUCAUUUUGUUAAUAAACCACGAUAAGUUAAAAUUAUUACAGUCGUUUUAUAUAUAAAUACAUGUAGGUUGUUACUACAGUCUACCUAAACUUAUCAAUAAACGUGAGUCAACGUUACGAAUUUUGUUACCCAAUAACGCCUUAUUUUUGCCUCUUAAUUGGGGUCUACAUGCUCCAGAUACGUAAAGUUGCGCUCAUGGUGUCUCUAAAUUUUAUUUGGCGCCACGUGCGCCCCUCCU